GGAGGGCUCUAAAGGGUCAGCCCCGGAGUCUGGCUGGACAGACAGAGCAGAGGAGGCGGACGGAUCGAGCCAUUCAUUCUUCCGUGGGCCCCCGGACGAAACGUGGAGGAGGAUGAAGACAAUCUGACGCCGAGAAAAGUCACGUCCUAACCGAGCCCCAUCGUCAAAUCCGAGACUUUUAACCUAAAGAGAGAGAGAGAAAGUCGAGAAGAACUUUGAACCUCCAGGAGGGAUCAGAGGGCGUUUCAUUUCGCACAGCCAAGCAGUUCCACUCUGACUCUUCUGCACCUGCGCAUCUAAACUGCCAGGGGUGUGACAUUGACUGACAGGUUGUGCUGCACCAAGAGAGACGUUUGACAUUAUCGCGCUUUUUCUGAGGAGACCUGCUUGCUUUCACUGUCAGAUUCUACGCAAGAGGUGUGUCUGAAGCGACGCCAGCGGCCUGGCUCGGGGAAAAACGACCUCAAUAAAAUGUAGACGCCGAAAACCCGUCAGCAGAAGAGUCUGAAGACCACGCUGACAGGAGGAGGGCGAGCCAGAGGAGGAGCAACGACAGCGGUGCUGAAACGACGUCGGCAGGAGAUAAGAAAGCUGACAUAAGCGGCGGCCUGUGAAAUCGUUGACCUGAACCCUUUUUGUCCUCGGCGUGAAGGGUUUGCCGUUGUCCCCCGGUGAAGGAUCUCAACCUCGGCUCUCAGCGUUUAAAAAGUCCGGCGGCCCACACACGUCUCUCGCCCAUCCCAGCGUCGCCGCUAGCUUAAGCAGAGACGCUCAGAGCCGCCGUCAGCAUGUGCCAUGUCAUUGUCACCUGCCGCUCCAUGCUGUGGACCCUGCUGAGCAUCGUGGCCGCCUUCGGCGAGCUCAUCGCCUUCAUGAGCACCGACUGGCUGGUGGGCUACCCCCGCACGCCCGACGCCGUCUUCGGCUCGCACGGGGCCACCGCCGCCGGCGAGGCCUACAGGCCCACGCUGGGGAUCUACGGCCGCUGCAUAAAGCUGCCGCACAUGCAGCGGGGGAUCCUGUGCGGGCCGUACGCCAUCCGCUUCCGGGAGAUUGCCAGCGGGUUCUGGCAGGCCACCUCCAUCUUCCUGGCGGCGGGGAUCCUGCUGCUGUGCGCCGUGGCGUUCAUCUCCAUCUUCACCAUGUGCUUCCAGAGCAUCAUGAAGAAGAGCAUCUUCAAUGUGUGCGGACUGCUGCAAGGGAUCGCAGGUCUGUUCCUGAUUCUGGGUCUGAUGUUGUACCCUGCCGGCUGGGGUUCCGACAAAGUCCAGCUGUACUGCGGCCCGGACGCCACCCCGUACCGGGCCGGGCUGUGCUCCAUGGGCUGGGCCUUCUACACGGCCAUGGGGGGCACCGUGCUCACAUUCAUUUGCGCCGUCUUCUCAGCUCAGGCCGAGAUCGCCACGUCCAGCGACAAGGUCCAGGAGGAGAUCGAGGAGGGCAAGAGCCUGAUCUGCCUCCUGUGAGGCUCCCGUCGCUUCUGACGAGCGGAGAGGCGGGCCAGAUAAAGACCGAGCCGCGCUCCCGCGUCGUUGCUCAAGACGCCGGCCUGCGGAGGAGAAGCCGCGGCAUCGUUUACCACUAAAACCAACUCUUAUUUUGUCUCUUGUCCUGUGUUGAUGCGGGAGAAAUCCACAAGUGUCGAGUGUUUUUUUCCCCCCCUUUAUCUCUAUGACACCAGGAGGUGCUGUGUGUGGUUCUGUAUUCAUGUUAGGCAUGCGGGUGCCCUGAUUGGCCCCGUCUGUCGCCGCAUGUUCUGUAAAUAAACGUGAUUAUAUAUAUUUUGUAAAUAGUUAUGAUUGCAGAAUGACGGUCAGCUUGAUCUCUUGGCUGGCCCCAUGACAUUACUCUUGCCACUCGUGAAAAAAAAAAAAAAGAAAAAAAAAGAAAAUGAAUUUCCUGGUGCUUUUGUCACCGGAUCUUGACCAGCAAACCUGGGUCUUUUUAACUGUGUGCCACGUGUGAGCGUUUACUCGUGAAGGGAACCACUACUCAGUCAGAAUAAGCAGCCUUUUUAGCUCAGAGUGGAUGUCCUUUGGAGCUCUCAGAAUGUACUAUUUGAACGAUUCAUGUGUUUGUAGACCGCUGAAAUGUAUUGGUGGGAAAGGAUUCGCUUGGCCUGCAGGAGGACAGUGAAGGGUCCGGUCCUUGUUGAGCAGACAGCCUGGAAUCCCUGCACAAAGACUCGGACACAAGUAAAUGAAGUAUUGCUGUUGUUAGUACUGUCUGGUUUCAGGGAGUGAGUGUGUGUGUGCGCGUGUGUUUAUGUGUGUGUGUGUGCCAAGUCAAAAGAUAGUCUCGUAUCUGUUCUGAUUUGUUUUGUGCCAAACUAAUAAAGAGAAGGGAAAACUAAC